AUGUACGCCAAGACUCUACUAUUCCUAGCUGCCGCCGCUCUAGCUCAAGCUCAAACCGCUUCUCAAAUCGCUGAAUUAAACGUCAUCAUUGCCGAUGUUAAGAACAACAUGGGUGACUACACCUCCCUAGCCACUUCUGGUUCUUUGUCUCUAUCCGACUUGCCAGCCGGUAUCAUGCCUCUAGCCAUGGCCGUUCAAACCGCCACUGACGACUCAUACACCACCCUGUACUCUAACGUCGACUUCGACGCCGUCUCCACUUUCUUGACCAAGUUGCCAUGGUACUCUUCCAGACUAGAAGGUGCUAUUGAAUCCGCUACUGCCGGUGCCGCUGGUGAUGACUCCAAGACCACCUCCACUGCUUUGGACCAAGCCACUUCUUCCGUUGCUGCUGCUUCCUCUGCUGCUUCCUCCGUCAGUGCUUCUUUGAUCACCGCCGCUGUCUCUUCCGACGUCUCUGGUGCUGCUGCCACUGAAACCGCUUACUCCUUCAGAAACACUACCGUUACUGUCUGUGAAGCCACUUCUUGUCACGUCACUUACGUCACUGAAACCGUCUGUAACCACCCAGAAAUCUGUCAAGCUAAGACCACCGUCCCAGCCACCACUGUCACCGAAACCAUCUGUACUCACCCAGAAAUCUGUGGUUACAAGAACGGUACUCAAACCUCUGCCGCUAAGAACGGUACUAACAACGGUGCUGGUAAGACCACUGCCGGUCUACAACAACAAACUGCUAACGGUGCCGUCAAGGCCGUUGCUGGUCUAGGUGCUGGUGCUCUAGCCGCCGCUGCUCUAUUGUUAUAA